GAAUUUUUUUAUUACUUUCUUUUAUUGAAAUUUGAUCAAUUCAAAUUAAAUAAAAACAUAUUAAAUCAAAAUAAUAUUAAAUAUAACUAUAUUCAGAUCAAUAAAUCAAAUUAUAUUUGAUCAUAGAAUUCAUUUCAACAUAUCAAAGAGGAAAUGAGACCAAGACUCCAUCGUUCUUCCACGCUCAACCCUAACGCCGGGCCUUAAGGUGGUUAGUUGUAGGGAAUUCUCCCCACAACCGAUCGGGUAUUUCUUCCCAUAACCGAUCUGCGUAUUCUUCUUCUUCUGCGUAUUCUUCUUUGGUCAUCAGAUCCGGCGCAGAGGUUGACGAAUAUGACCUCGAUUCAGGCCUAUAGUGCGAUUCUCAUCUCCUGUAAAAAUUUCCAACCAGUUUGAAAUCUACAAUUCUAAGCCAAUUAUGACGAUUGAAGCACUUCUUCAACCUGGAUCAAAGACCCAUUGCGUGACUCAAGUCUUGGAUCAAGUUACAAGAACAAAGAAUCUGAGAGCUGUUAAGGCGAUUCAUGGCCACUUGAUCAUCACAGGGCUUCUCUCCCUCACUCCCACUCUCCAGACCAAGAUCAUAUUUGCCCACACCACAUGCCUUCUUCCUCAAUCAAACAACCUCCUCCUCCGUCGGACUUUAACAGAUCUUUUGUCAUCCCUCAAUCCCAGAAACCCCUUGCUCUUCAACUCCAUCAUCUCCGGAUUCUGUGAAAGCGGGUUCUAUUCUCUCGCUUUACAAGCAUUUUCUUUCAUGCAUUCUAAUGGUGUCUGCAUAGACUCGUACGCAUUGUGUAGUUCCGUGACAUCUGCUUCCUCCCUCCGAAACCUUGAAUUUGGCCGGAAAGUUCACGCCUUUACUGAAAAAUCGGGUUGGUUUUCUAGCGUGUAUAUGGGUUGUGCUCUGAUCGACUUUUAUGCAAAAUUGCAAUGCGUGGACAGUGCAGCUUUAUUGUUCGACGAAAUUCCCGUUAGAAAUAGUGUGUGCGCUAAUGCACUGAUAUCAGGCUACACCGAGUCUAAAAUGUGGGAUGAAGCGCUUGAAUUGGCCAGGAAGCUACCGUUUUUAAAUCUGGGGUUUGAUAAUUUCACCUUUUCAUCUGUAUUGCGCGCUUGUGCUGGGAUUUCUGCUGUUGGAUUGGGAAUGCAGGCCCAUGGGUGUGGCAUUCGCAAAAUCCCUGAUUUUGAAAGUGAUGUAUUUCUUCAAAGCUUGUUAAUCGAAAUGUAUGGAAAGUGCGGGCUGCUAGAGAAGGCUAGGCGAGUCUUUGACAUGGGAGUCGUAAGAAAGAGAGAUCUUGUUCUAUGGACUUCAAUGCUGGGCGUACUGGGACGCAACGGGAAUUACGAACAAGUGAUCACACUGUUUAGAGAAAUGGUAACCCAGGGAAUUAAACCGGAUGGUGUGGCAUUUUUGACUGUUAUCUCAGCUUGUAGCCACACAGGCCAAGUGUGUCUUGGAAUGGAGUAUUUUGAAUCAAUGGCUGGUGAUUAUGGACUGGAACAUGGUCCAGAGCACUACAGCUGUGUGAUCGACUUGCUUUGUCGUUCUGGGGAGUUGGAGAAGGCAUGGAAAUUUGUAGAGAAGGGAAACAGGAGUUUCACAGUUUCCACAUGGGGAGCAUUGCUCAAUGCCUGCAUUGAAUGUGGGAAUGUCGAAUUGGGUAAAUUUGCAGCUCAGAGGGCGAUCGAAUUGGAUCCUCAUAACGAUGGGAUAUAUGUUCUACUGUCAAACUUAUAUGCCAGGAACAGUAUGUGGAGCGAGAUCGAGGAGCUCAGGGAAUUCGUCGGUGGAAAGGGGCUAAAGAAAGAUAUUGGCUCUAGUUGGAUUGAUGUUGCGACUUGAACAAGACUAUAGUUCUUUCAGAUUUGGACAAAUGAUAUAUAACUGGCGCGACCUUCAUAACUUCUUUAUGCCAAGAAACCCAGCCUGGUAAUUGCCUUUCAGGCCCGUUCAGUGAGCACAAGAGACAUGAGUUCUGGCAUCACAUUGCUGCACCAUUUCGAAGUAUCAGACCAUUAUUCUCCAAGAUAUGCAAAGGACUGCUCAAUUACAUGGAGAUUGAGAGUCCAACUAGCUUCUCAAAUUCCUUAGCUAGCUGAGGAGACUGAUUAAGAAGAAGAUGGGGGAGUCCAACUAACUUCUAAAUUUCUCUGUGGACAACAUAAAAAACAAGAGGGACAGAUAAUUACUCCCACAGAUGGAGGGAAGCUUAGAAUCAAGAAUCCCAAAUGAAUCAGUCAGUAUUAUGGGGGGUAGUUGGAUUAAGGGCUUGGAUCUUCACAAGAAGGGAAUACCCAAAACCCAAGAUGUCUUAUGCUUAUCACAGUUGCCCCAGUGCAGUUACCAAGAAUCGAACUCGGUUCUACCUCUUUGACACUCCCUGCUUUUUCUAACUGUGCAACGCCCAUUGGCAAAAUUGAGAUUAAUAAGACUACAUGGUUCGAGUUGCAGAUGUAACAUCUAAUAGUGUUUAUAGCUAAUGAAUAACUUCCUCUGUCUCUAAGAAAACUUCUUGUUUCAU